AUGGCUCCCGUGGCUUUGUUUAUUUUCUCUCUUCUCAUUCAUCUCGUGGUUCUUCACUCUACCGAAGAAGUGAAAAUCAACAAACGUUGUCCUCCCUACUACUGUCAUGCAAUGGCAGGCGAUAUCGGGUUCCCCUUCAAAAGUCAGAUGCAGCCUCCUGAAUGCGGUUUGUUCACAGUUAAUUGUUCUGAUAAAGAUCAUCCGAGGAUCCAACUGAUAAAGGAAGGAUACUGGCAUGAAUUUCACAUCGUGCCCCAAUCAGAUAUGAUUAUUAUCGAUGACGAAGCGCUUCAGCAGCGCUUGAAAAACGAUUCCUGCAAUGAUCAACUUUUCAACGAUUUGAGUCUUCCCCGCCCUUCUCCAAUCUUUGAUGAAUUAUUCCCACGAAAUCUGACCCUCUUCAAAUGCAACAACACCCCAGUCCACAAUACAGAUCUUAAAUACGGCUGCAGAAAUCCUAACCAUACUUACUAUACUACGUCGCCUGAUGAUAGUUUACCAAGUCUCCCACCAUCGUGUUCCAUCAUUCGGGUGCCCAUGGAUCCUAAAGCUGCCUUCGAUCUCUCUGCAUUGAUUACUAGGUUUGACCUUCAAUUUCAAGUAAGCGAAGAAUGUAAAGGAUGUUAUGAAAGAAAAGGCGAAUGCCAAGAUGACAAGGGAAAAUUUAAAUGUUCCGGUGGAGAAAAAGGAGAUAAAUUGGGAUUGAAGCUAGGACUAGCAGGUGCAGUUGCUGGUCUCAUGGUUCUAGUUGUUAUUGUUUGCUGCUUAAAGAGAAAGUUAGCAUAUGAUAGCUUUAUUUUCUUCUGGAAGAAUCAAGGCCAAGAUCGUCAAAUUGUUGAGGCCUUUCUAAGGGGCUAUGGGCCACUUCAAGUUAGAAGAUAUAGCUAUUUGGAGGUCAAGAAAAUGACCAAUUCCUUCAAAGAAAAAUUAGGACAAGGGGGCUACGGUAGUGUAUACAAGGGAAAAUCAAAUGACGGCAGUCUUAUAGCUGUGAAGGUCUUGAGCAAAUUAAAAGGUAAUGGAGAAGAAUUUAUGAAUGAGGUGGCAGCCAUUAGCAGAACUUCCCAUGUCAACAUUGUCUCCUUGUUGGGCUUUUGUUUUGAGGGUUCAAAAAGAUCUCUCAUCUAUGAAUUCAUGCCUAAUGGAUCACUUGACAAGUUCAUAUUUGAUGCAAAUACCCCGAACAAAAACCAUCACUUGGGAUGGGAAGCAUUGGAUCGAAUUGCACUUGGCAUUGCUCGAGGGUUGGAGUAUUUACAUCGCGGUUGCAACACAAGAAUUCUGCAUUUUGACAUCAAGCCUCAUAACAUUCUUCUUGAUGAAAAUUUCACACCAAAAGUCUCUGAUUUUGGCCUUGCUAAGAUAUGCAACAUGAAAGAGAGCAUUGUGUCAAUGGCGUGUGCAAGAGGCACUGCUGGCUACAUUGCUCCAGAAGUAUUCUGUAGGAAUUUUGGAGCGGUCUCACACAAGUCAGAUGUAUAUAGCUACGGGAUGAUGCUUUCGGAGAUGGUUGGAGGAAGAAGGAACAUCAAUGCCGAAGCUGAAGAUACAAGUGAAAUAUAUUUUCCACACUGGAUUUACAAGCGUAUUGAACUUGAUGAAGAACUUGGUCUGCCGAGUAUCGUGAAUGAGGAAGACAAAUUAAGAGCGAGGAAGAUGAUAAUAGUGAGCUUGUGGUGCAUACAAACAGACCCUUCAAACAGACCAGCGAUGAAACAAGUGACAGAUAUGUUGGAAGGAAGUGUUGAUUGCUUGCAGAUUCCACCCAAGCCUUACCUGUCUUCUCCGCCAAAAUCCACGGCAGAUUCUUCUACUACUAUAAUUUAUGCCUCCGUUUUGUUGGCAGGCAGCAAGCAGAGCGAAAGACUUGAAUUGAGUAAUAUGAAUAAAGCAUAUGGCCGUAACGAUCAGUGGAUUUCUCUUAUUAUGAGGUGUGUGAGUUCCGUUUCUUUUGCUGUGAUGUUGAAUGGAAAAGUUGGGUCUCAGUUUUGCCCUUCUAGGGGUCUCCGUAAUGAAGCCUCUUUUGCUCUGAACUUUUACUACCAAAACUGCAGUGUGCCCGUAAGUUGUGGCCGCCAAAACAUUAGCUAUCCAUUCUACAUCCCAGGCAGGCAAGAAUCCUUCUGUGGCUACCCUGGCUUCCAGCUCUCUUGCCAUGGAGAUGGUGAAGAUGCCUACCCACUUCUCCGAUUGUCUGGUAACAAUUACACCAUCCACAACAUCGAUUACCAAAACAAGUCUCUUCUUGUCUCAAAUUCUCUGCUUUCAGGCUACUUAGAAAGCACUGCUUGUAACGAUGAUAUUUCAUCACUCCAUAACUUAACCCUUCCCAAUGAUCAGUUCGAGUUGGCUUCAAACCGAGCUGACUUCUUUUUGCUCUACAAUUGCAACUCUUCUGUGGUUGAGUCAUUUCCAAAGUAUAAAGUCGGUUGCUUUGAUCAGGGAACUAACAAAACCAGAAGUAAUACUUCAGUUCUGGCUCUGCCUCGGGAUGAAUAUCCAAAAUUUGGAAGUCACAAGUGUGGAGGAGAAGUGGUGGUGGCUCAUGCUGGAAGAGGGGGUGAGAAUGGUGAGGUGGGAUUAAUACAAGAGGUUUUGAGCAGAGGGUUUGAGCUGAAUUGGUUUGCUAGUGACUGCAGCCGCUGCCAAAACAGUGGAGGGAGGUGUGGCUUCAAUUACACAACCUACCAUUUUAGGUGUCUCUGCCCACGGACGACUCAUUCUGUGCGCUGCCGGGAUGAUGAAGGAAAUAACUUGAGAAGAUUGAAGAUAGGACUAGUUGCUGCAGUUGCUGCCAUUGUGGCUCUAGGGGCUAUUGUUUGCUGUUUAUAUUGGAAUAAUCAAAGAAAAAAUCGUCAAAUUGUUGAGGCCUUUCUAAGGAGCUAUGAGGCACUUCAAGUUAGAAGAUAUCACUAUUCGGAUGUCAAGAAAAUGACCAACUCCUUCAAAGAAAAAUUAGGACAGGGGGGAUAUGGUAGCGUGUACAAAGGAAAAUUAAACAACGGCUGUCUCGUAGCAGUGAAGGUCUUGAACAAAUUAAAAGGGAACGGAGAAGAAUUUAUGAAUGAGGUGGCAGCGACUAGUAGAACUUCCCAUGUCAACAUAGUAAGCUUGUUGGGAUAUUGUUUUGAGGGUUCAAAAAGAGCUCUCAUCUAUGAAUUCAUGCCUAAUGGAUCUCUUGAGAAGCUCAUAUUUGAUGCAGAUACCCCCAAGGGAGAUCAUGAUCAUCACUUGGGAUGGGAAGCAUUGGAUGAAAUUUCACUCGGCAUUGCUCGAGGAUUGGAGUAUUUACAUCGGGGUUGCAACACAAGAAUUCUGCAUUUUGACAUCAAGCCUCAUAACAUUCUUCUUGAUGAAAAUUUCACACCAAAAAUCUCUGAUUUCGGCCUUGCUAAGAUAUGCAACAGGAAAGAGAGUAUUGUGUCAAUGUUGGGUGCCAGAGGCACUGCUGGUUACAUUGCUCCAGAAGUAUUUUGUAGAAAUUUUGGGGGGGUCUCACACAAGUCGGAUGUAUAUAGCUAUGGAAUGAUGCUUUCGGUGAUGGUUGGAGGAAGAAGGAACAUCAACGCAGAAGCUGAAGAUACAAGUGAAAUCUAUUUUCCGCACUGGAUUUACAAGCGUCUGGAACUUGAUGAAGAACUUGGUCUGCCGAGCAUCAUAAAUGAAGAAGACAAGGAAAGAGCAAGGAAAUUGAUAAUAGUGAGCUUGUGGUGCAUACAAACAGACCCUUCAAACAGGCCAUCGAUGAAAGAAGUGAUAGAUAUGUUGGAAGGCAGUGUUGAUUGCUUGCAGUUACCACCGAAGCCUUACUUGUCUUCUCCACCAAAGUCCGCCGUAGGUUCUUCUACUGCUACAUUGGUAUCAACACGAUAG